UGUUACUACCCCAACAACAAUGGCACCAGCCACCAGUACUCAUUUUCCUACAACAUCAGCCACCUCCCACUGGACCACAGCAUCAACAACAGCCACCACCAUAAAAGCAACCACUCAAGAAAAAUGUGAAAAUGGAGGAACACAUGAUGGCAUUAAAUGUUUGUGUCUGAGUUUAUUCUAUGGACCAAAGUGUGAAUUCCCUGUAGAGAUCCCUUCGGAAUUGGAAAAAUGUGAAAAUGGAGGAACACAUGAUGGCAUUAAAUGUUUGUGUCUGAGUUUAUUCUAUGGACCAAAGUGUGAAUUCCCUGUAGAGGAAUUGGAACCUGUUUUAGAAACUGUGCCUGUGACAGUUGAAGUCCAGGUGAGGAUCACCAGCAAGAAGUACAAGGAAGAGCUCCAAAACAAAAGCUCAGAAGAAUAUAAGACCUUGGAGAAGACCUUUACGGAUGAGAUGAACAGUGUUUAUGAAAAUGUCGCUGGAUAUCGUGGUGUGGUGAUCCUGAACCUUCGGAAUGGCAGCAUCAUUGUGGACCACGAAGUCAUCAUUGAAGCUAUGAUAAACAAUAACGUGAACAACAUUGAAGCAGUUGUCCAGAACUUGACAGAGACAGUGCGGGAGCAACUGGUUAUCAUGAAUUCCACCAUGAACAACUGUACAAACAGCUCAACAAUUUGCUUUUCAGCUCCAACUAACCCUAUUCUGAACACAACCACACAUUUUUCAGCUGAAGAAUUUUGCAGAAAAAUAAUUCAUCCUAAAUAUGUAGCCUACUAUUACCCCGAUACGACAACAGGCACCCUGCGCUGUAUCUCCAACUGCACCAAGGACACCUUAAGCUCCAUAAACUGCAACCAUGGAGUGUGUCGCAUCUCUGAAAGAGGUCCCCAGUGCAACUGCGAUGAUAUAGAGACAUUUUGGUACGUGGACAAUCACUGCCAGACACGCUUCCAGAAGGGCUAUGUUGGCUUUGGUCUUGCGCUGGCUGUCCUCUUGGUGGCCAGUGCCAUCCUGGCCAUCUUCCUCAUCAGGGCCAAACGGAGGAAGUCUGGAGCUAGCUGGUCUGAUGAUGCUGAGCUCUGGUAUGGGGAGGAUGAGGAAGAGUGGCAUCCCUCAAAGGGUCUGAGCUUCAAGAAUGAAGGAACAGCCUCCAGGGACAGUAAGGACACAUUACAUCAUAAACAAGGAAGCCAAGACAGAAGCAAGACUUUCCAGCUUUCCCUUGACUCAGUUGACACCUCAUUACAGUUGCAAUUCCAGAAACCAACUACAGUUGAUCCCAGUCCGGAAACCAUCCUGAAAACGUCCUCCUGAUGGCAGAAGGACAUAAGGACCCUGAUGUCAGGCUGAAAAUCCACCAACAGGCAGGCUGGGCCAUUGGAUGAUGGUGGUAGCGUUCAUCUCAGCAAUCUUAUUAGAUUCUUCAGGAUCUGUUUCUUGGAGGAAGCUUACUAUUGGUCUCUUCACAAGAAAAAUGGAUUGUCAGCAUGGGAACCAAAUCAAUAGCAUUCAGGAUUACCUACAUGUAACUAGAGAUAGGUGAAUCUGUCCAUUUCAAUUUCUCACAAUCUCCCAUUUUUUCAAUCUUAAAUUCAGUCCUCCACAUUUCCACAUCAGUUUGCAAUUUUAAAAAAAGUUUUCAUGAAAAUUCAUCAGCGAAUUUCUCCUACUAUACACGUUUGUAUGCAAUUUUGCCUAAUAUUCACACUUUUCCAAAGCAGCUUUCCGUAAUAUAAUGUCUUUUAUGUGAACACACACACUUAUAUAUACACACUUUAGUGUAUGCAUUUUUGUACACAUCACUUGGCUGGAGAACUGCAUUGCAAAAUUCAGAAAAGUGCAAAUUUUGAAGGAUGGCUGUGUUAUGGUCCAUGUUAUGUUUUGGAAAGUGCAAAGUAGGUAGGUUCACCUUUAAAUGCAAACUGAAUCAAAUUUCUGCCCCAUCCCCUACAUGCAGCAUACAUAUGUUGCCUCUUUUGCACUCUUUUCAACCUCCCCUCCUCAACCUUCUCAACUCCUUUUCUCAGCUCUCUUUCCUCCUAGUCUUGUGCAACAUGUAUGGCACAAGUCCUGCACACUUUUU